CUCUACAACAGCCCCACAGGCUGAGGAUUACAUUUUACCCACGCUAAGGACCAAAGCCUGAUCAAUAUGCCUGCCAGCAUCUGUGGCAACUGGGACAUGAUCAGCAGUGUCAACUUUGAAAGCUACAUGAUUGCACUUGGUAUCAGCCUCUACACACGAAAGAUUGCUCUGAAGCUGAAGAUGAGGAAGGUGAUCGAACAGCAAGGGGACCAGUACGUCAUCAAAACCACCAGCGCCUUUAGAAACUAUGCCAUCUCCUUCAAACUGGACCAAGAGUUUGAAGAGUUCACCCAGGGACUGGACAACAGACACGUAAAAUCGCUGGUGACAUGGGAGGGGAAUAAACUAGUGUCCACACAAAUUGGGGAGAAGAAGAACCGGGGCUGGACUCAUUGGAUUGAAGAUGAGAAGCUCCACCUGGAGCUGUAUUGUGAGGGAGAAGUGUGCAAGCAGGUGUUCAAGAAGAACAUUAGUGAGUGAAGUGGAAGAGGAGGUGUAUUACUGGAGAGGUCAACCAGUGAUGGAGGACGUUAUGUGUCACAUCCAUCACGGACAAACCUGAAGAACAUAACAACUCUAAAAUAGGAGUCUACGGUAUUUUUUUUCUUCUGUAGUGACUCCAACACUCAGGUCGACAGAAAGUCUGUACAGAUAUGAGUUUACGCCAGUAGAUGGCAGCAUUGCAUUAUUGUUGUCUGAUAUUGCUGCUUGGUGGUGCUGGUCUCACCACUAAGUAAGGAAAUAAAAACAUAAAUACAUAGAUUAGUAAUGGAUUUGUAUAGCUCCUUUCACUUAGCAGUGGAAAAAAAGGUGUCUGUGUUAAAUUUGGCUACACCAGUUGUAAAUAUGCUAUAACAGGUAUACCCAUUGUAAAAUAGAUCUGUAAAAAGGGUUUUUGUG